GGAACGGGGCCCUGGCUGGAGACUGUUGAGCCAGCGCCGCGCGGGCCCGCUCCAGGCUGGGCGCAGAACGAGACCCCCCUCCCCAGUGCCUCAGCUUCCCUCCCCCUCCGCGCUCGUCCCACGCCCCGGGAGCCAGGAAGAGCCCGCACGCCCUCUAGCCAGCGGCAGCGCUUGCAAAAGCAACCACAGCCCAGGGGCUUUGCAGACCCAGGGGCUGGAUCCUUUUCUGGCCCCGCGCCGUCAAGGAGCUUCCAGCACCGGCCCCUCCGCCCGCAGGGUGGCAGCGCUCCGGGUGGCAAGAAUCCAGCCAAGAAACUCCAUUGCCAGCGCUGCCCCGCGCUCGGCCGCUGCCCAGGAGACUUUGAGCUGAGCGCGGGGUUCACCCCCCUCCAGUUCGCUGGGCUGCUCCUGGCCUCUGGCUGCGGCUGCUGUGCAGAUCCAGGGCCUGGGGGGCUGCCGCUGUCGCUGCCCCGACAUGGCUGGCGAGCACAGGCUCUUGCUGGACAACGCCCAGCAGCUGGUGCUCAUCUGCACCAAAGGCGAGAAGUACCUGCUGCAAGCGGGCAUGCAAAACCUGGCCGUGCUGGACAACGCCAGCGUGGUGAUCGGCAAAGAUGGCUGUGUAAAAGCUGUAGGCCAUGCAGAUGCUAUUCGCCGGCAAUUUUCAGAAGCAUCAUUUGAAAAAAUUAUUGACUGUUCUGGGAAAUGCAUAUUGCCAGGUUUGAUAGACGCACAUACCCAUCCAGUGUGGGCUGGUGACAGGGUUCAUGAGUUUGCAAUGAAGCUGGCAGGUGCUUCCUACAUGGAUAUUCACCAAGCUGGAGGGGGAAUACAUUUUACUGUGGAACACACCCAGAAAGCCUCAGAAGAGGAGCUGUUCAGUACUUUCAGACACCGACUGCUGCGUAUGCUCAGAGCAGGAACCACUUUGGUCGAAUGCAAGAGUGGAUAUGGUUUAAACCUAGAAACCGAGCUUAAAAUGCUCAGGGUGAUUGAACAGGCUAGACAGUUACUGGAUAGCAAUAUUUCCUCUACGUACUGUGGAGCUCAUUCUGUGCCUAAAGGGAAAAAUGCUACUGAAGCCACAGAUGACAUUAUCAAUAACCAUCUCCCUAAACUGAAGGAGCUGAACCUAAAUGGUGAAAUACAUGUUAAUAACAUAGAUGUGUUUUGUGAGAAAGGUGUCUUUGAUCUGAAUUGUACCAGAAGAAUUCUUCAGGCUGGAAAAGAGAUAGGGUUACAGAUUAACUUACAUGGUGAUGAACUCCAUCCAAUGAAAUCUGCAGAGCUUGGAGCUGAACUAGGAGCCCAGGCUAUAAGUCACCUGGAAGAAAUUAGCGAUGAAGGCAUCGCUGCAAUGGCAAGUGCGCCUGUCCUUUUACCAACCACUGCCUACAUGCUGAGACUGAAGCAACCUCAAGCUAGGAAAAUGUUAAAAGAAGGGGUCAUAGUUGCUCUUGGCAGUGAUUUCAACCCUAAUGCGUACUGUUAUUCAAUGCCCAUGGUAAUGCACUUGGCUUGUGUAAACAUGAAAAUGUCAAUGAACGAGGCUUUAGCAGCUGCCACCAUUAACGCAGCUUAUGCUCUUGGAAGAUCCCAUAUGCAUGGCUCCAUAGAGAAUGGCAAACAGGGGGAUCUCAUUAUCAUUAAUUCAUCAAGAUGGGAGCACUUGAUUUACCAGUUUGGGGGACAUCAAGAAUUGAUUGAGUAUGUUAUUGUUAAAGGAAAAGUUAUCUACAAAAAUGAAAGAGUUAUGGGCUACUAAGAACUUACUGAAAGAUGGUGAUAAUUUAGAAGGAUAUUAACAUGAAAAUGAUACUGAAGGGUUUCAGUUACCCAAGAGCAACAGACAACUUGGAUUUGUAUUUUACUGGUACAUUAUUUGUAUGCUCAGCUUACUUGCUCUAUAUUGAAAUAAACUUUACUAAGCAUUUCCACUCAA